AUGAAUAUUCGGGUUUAUGCUUUUAAGAAUCAGGAGACCUCUUCACUUCGUGAGGUAGCACGUCGUUUUAAUGUGCCCGGCACUACGCUGAGCCGCCGCCUACGCGAUUCUCCUGGAGUAGCCCCCCGGCCUUCUAUAUUUAUUAAAAGACGCCCUCUUCUUACCUCUCAAUUCUCGAAAUGUUAUAAUAAUAAGCACGCGAAAUGUAAAGACCCGAAAAUUAUUAGGGAGUGGAUCGUCCCGGACGAUAUUUAUAACUUUAAUAAGACCGGUUUCGCUAUAGGCUUAACUACUACUAUAAGAGUAAUUUCGAGAAGCGAAUACAACGGUCGGCGAGCACUUUUAUAG